ACCAGCACCCCCCACCCUGUAUGUUCAAGGCAGCUCUAGGGAUGCUCUUACACUACGCUGGAGCUUAAGGCCGCACCAUGCACCUGUGCGAGGAUACAUCAUGAACUACAAACGCGAAUAUGGAAACUGGGAAGAAGUAGAACUUCACACAGCAAGGACCACCCACACCCUGUCUGGUCUUGUGUGUGGCUCCCGCUACCAGUUAUAUGUGACGGCUUACAACAAGGUGGGCACUGGUCUGCCUUCAGAGAUUCUCACUACCUCCACCAAGGGCUCAGAACCUGUGGUACCAAGCCGAUCCCGUCUCUUGGAUGUCAACUCUACGUCAGUGCUGGUGCAUCUUAGUACGUGGGGUGAUGGAGGCUGUCCUAUUCUAUAUUACGUCAUAGAAUAUCGUGCUUCAUCAUCCAGGGACUGGAUUUCUGUAGCCAACAAUGUUGCAGCUAAUGAGAAAACCUAUGUGAUCCGUGACCUGACUCCUGCCACACGUUAUUCAGUCAGAGUUACUGCUCACAAUCAUGCUGGCUCCAGUGUGGCCACCUAUGAUGUCAAAACUCUCACUCCUGAAGGAGUGUUGUUGCUGGAUGAAGAUGUUCCCAAUGGAGGAGUGGCUUCUCCGCCUCUCUACCAGGACCUACGGGUAGUUAUACCAGCAGCAGUAGUGGUUGUCAUUGUUAUUGAGGUCAUCAUGGCAAUUGUGUGUGUCUUCAGAAGAAGGAGAGCACGUGAAAGCCUGCCUCCUGGGACGCUCUCUGGCCUCUCCCCUGGCGGUGCUUUCUGUGGGCCCUCAUGGACAACAAUCUUCCUGUGCCAUCACAUGGUUCUGGCUUAGGCCUCACAGGUACCUAUAUAUUUGCAGGCAUCUCAAAUGUGGCAGUCAGACGACAGCGUGUCUUCUAUACCAACACGCACCGCCACUCCUACAGGUAUUCAUUUAAGUAAGCCAAUGUAUUGGUACUUACAUCAAUUGUUAUUACCCUCAUUUACCUUGAAAAGAGUAAAGUGGGCUUAAGAAAAAUAGAACCUAAUAAUUAUAAAACUAAAUGUGAAAGAUAAGAUACAAAGAAUAUAGGAUAAUGAAUAAAUCGCGGGGUUGGAAGAGGAAAUGUGUGAAAUACUAAAUAUGAAAUUGAAGAGUGUGUGUACAGAAGUCGAAAUCAAAAUCAAAAGUUGACACACAGUGUGUCAACUUUAGUACACACACUCCAAGAAGUCAUGUGUUGAGAUGGAGAAUGAUGUAAUACAUGAAGUGAAAGUUAAGAUGCUACUGCCAGAUGUAGACAAGAAAAACCAAUGUGAGUAGACAAGAUAGCAGCAUGGCUCAUAAAUGAACCUGCACAUGAACUAGGUU